AUGGCUCCAAUUCUGGAGCAGGAUGUCUUCCUAGUGCCCUGCAAUCGAGGAAAAAGGGAACACUGGUUACUCCCAAUGGUUCUUCCCAAAAAACAAAGUUGCUGCCCUCAAAAGCAAUGCAAGGUCUUUCGUUAAGCCCACCAUUGAAAGUACCAUAAAGAAGAUGUGGCUUCUCCUAAAGUUCAAAGAAUGAAGUCUCGAAUGAAUGGCACUUUUUAGGAAAUGAACCUCGUGAAAUCACAAGGCAAGAAAAUAGCUUUGAUUGUGGUGUUUUUUCUGUCUCUACCUUUGAUGCCUCCUUCCACCAUCUUCAUCUGUUGCCAAACAAAGCAUUACAGUAUCAGGAAAGUGAUGUUUGUGGAGCUGCACAAGCAAGAGAUAUGACCUUGACAGUCCUGCAAUUCCUCUAUGUAAUUGCAGUAGACACUAGUCUCGUAGUCUCUUUUACUUUCACAAACGAAACGAAACGCAGAAAAAUUUCACUGUCUGUCCCAGAAACAUCGCUGACCACCACGUGAGAUGGCGAGGAAGAGGGAGAGGAAAUUAAAGAAGAGGAUAAGAGUGAGGAAGAGGACAAAGGAGUCAAGAGAGAAGAGAAAAGAGGGAGGAAGAAAGACAAAAAGUACAGGAAAGGAGGGAGUGGCAUUUCACUGAAAUGGACCACCAAAUACGAACUGCUUCCCAAGCCUACAGGGCCAAAAUUGGGGCUGCUUUUCGUUACGUCUGAGCUCCAGAGGAGUUCAACACAGUUCAUGGACCCAAUUUUAACCCUGAUUGGAUUACAUGGAAAGAGAGAGAAUUGCCGGGCCCAAGUGUGA